CCCUUAAAUGGGUCAAUUUACUUCGUAUCCGGGGUCAUCACGUGUUUGAGCCAAUUCUUCAAGCGCCUUGAACACCGUUCCCAACAACUAUUUCACUUCAGUGAGCCUGCCAGGGACGCUGUUGUGAAAGGAAGCAGAUUUACGUCAAAUGACCCCGGUGUACAAAAUCUCUGAGAACUGACCUAAAACUGAGAGGUUUGUAUUUGACACCGAACUCCUGAGACUUGCACUGAGAACGAGUGCCUUUUCGUCCUCAUCCUUAUGAAGUUUCAAUAAAGCCCAUCACAUCGACAGCGUGUGCGUCAGCGCUGUGGACUCACCUCGUUCCAAAGAAAAUACUUGUCUUUCAUUUGGUCGUAACGCUCUUGAAGGAGCAGGAAAGUUAACCUGGCACGCGGAUUACCCAGAAUUUGGGGUGCAUGCAUCAAUGCCAAGAAAUUUCAUUAGGGAAACUCUGCCCAAGGAAAACGCGACUUCUCUGUGGAGGAUGGAUCGCCCAGUCCAGGAUACACGGUCAGCAGUGAACAGGCCCAUGCCUUCCAGAGAUCACUCCUCUUGCUCCAGCCUAAAGAUGUUCCUUGUGGCCUUGUCCUUUGCGUAUUUCGCCAAGGCAUUGUCGGGAAGCUAUAUGAAAAGCACAAUAACCCAGCUGGAGAGGCGCUUUGACAUCCCCAGUUAUUUAGUUGGUGUCAUUGAUGGGAGCUUUGAAAUAGGUAAUUUGCUGGUGAUUGCGUUUGUCAGUUACUUUGGGGCCAAGCUGCACAGACCGAAGAUCAUAGCAGUGGGGUGCCUGCUCAUGUCUUUGGGGACUUUCCUCAUUGCAUUGCCACACUUCAUUAUCGGACGCUAUAAGUUUGACUCAUCGAUUAGAUCUUCAGUGAACUCAACCAAUGUCUUCUCUCCAUGUCCAGCAAGCUCACCUGGUGGGCUCUCUGCAGGUGGCAACUCCUCUGAGGUGCCUACAGCAGGCUGUGAUCGAGAAUCCAGUCUGUCCAUGUGGAUUUAUGUUUUUCUGGGGAAUGUAUUACGCGGAAUAGGGGAGACUCCUGUUCAGCCUCUUGGAAUCUCAUACAUAGAUGAUCAUGCUUUGGAAGAAAAUGCAGCAUUCUACAUUGGUUGCGUCCAGACGAUAUCGGUCAUUGGUCCCGUGUUUGGUUACUUGCUGGGAGCUUUGUGUGCCAAGAUAUAUGUGGACAUUGGAUUUGUCAACAUGGAGAGCAUUACCAUAGCACCGGGGGACGCACGCUGGGUGGGGGCCUGGUGGCUGGGGUACCUCAUCGCAGGGCUCAUCACUCUGCUCUCGGCCAUCCCGUUCUGGUUCCUGCCCAAGUCGCUGCCCAUGCCCGUGGGCAAACCGUUGGAAAAGAGCCCCUCCGAGCACACCAACUCCAUCAAGGAGCACAAGUACCAGGCAGACGAACCCGCCAGCUGUCUAGAGAUGGCCAAAGACUUUGUGCCAACAUUAAAGUCUCUUCUUGGAAAUCCUGUGUACUUUUUGUAUCUCUGUGUGACCAUUAUCCAGUUCAACUCCCUCAUUGGCAUGGUCACAUACAAGCCUAAAUACAUAGAACAGCAUUAUGGACAGUCCGCCUCUACUGCCAACUUUUUGAUGGGCAUCAUAAACAUCCCCGCCGUCGCUUUGGGAAUGUUCUCGGGAGGCGUGGUCAUGAAGAAGUUCAAGCUGAGCAUCAUGGGAGCGGCCAAAUUUGCGCUGGGAACGUCUCUGUUGGGCUACUUCCUGUCCCUCUUCUUCCUGGCCAUGGGCUGCGAGAACUCCAAAGUAGCCGGCAUAACCGUCUCAUACCAAGGUGUGGAGGGCCUCUCUUAUCAUGAGAGUGCACUGUAUGUAGAGUGCAACAGUGGCUGCCAGUGCUCGGGGAAGGACUGGGAUCCCGUGUGUGGGGAGAACGGGAUCACGUACAUCUCUCCCUGUCUGGCCGGCUGCCGCUCGUCUAGUGGCUCCGGGAAGAGCACAAUGUUUGACCAGUGCAGCUGUGUUACCAUGGGGAAUAUGACAGCUCGAGUGGGCCUCUGUCCAAAUCGGAAUGCCUGUGACCGCAUCUUUCCCUACUUCCUGGCCCUGUCCGUAGUCACCUCCUUCAUCAUCUCACUGGGUGGCACGCCAGGAUACAUGCUCCUCAUCAGGUGCAUCAAGCCACAGCUGAAAUCGUUAGCAUUGGGGUUCCACACACUGGCCACAAGAACCCUGGCUGGCAUCCCGGCACCUAUAUACUUUGGGGCCAUGAUCGACACCACCUGCCUGAAAUGGGGCCAGACGAGCUGUGGGGGGCGAGGAGCGUGCAGGAUCUAUGACACCGCAGCAUACAGGACCGCCUACCUGGGCCUGACACUGGGCCUGCGUGCCGUCUCCUUCCUGCUCUGCAUCUGGGGCUUCGCGGUGCUCCGGCGGCACGUGCGGCGGCAGGAGCGCGGACCGAUGACCAACGGCAACGCAGCCGGUGCGGUAGCGGCCGCCGCUGACGAGCUGGAGGCCCUCAGGAAGGAGGAGACCGCCGGGGCGGCCAGCAGCGACCAGUCCCCAAGGAACUCGGACUGCUACCCGGAGCGGGAGACGCGCCUGUGAGUUGCCCAAC